CAAAACUCUACAAAUUUCUUUCUCUUUCCCUUCUUCAAUCUAACUCUUUUACAAGCUAUCUGUUUUGAAAAUGUCGAGCAACAGAAGAAAGCUGGUCUUUAACACAUUCUCAGUUAGCUUAGGGUGCUGCAGCAGCUGCAAGAAACUGAAGCUCACUAGUGUUUUCAACCCAAAACCAAAACCUCCUUAUAAAACCCAUUCUCCUUACGGUUACUCCUCUUCAAGCUCGUCCAAGAAAACAACCCAUUGUUCUUUCUCCGAAUACGAAACUGCCACCUCUUUUUCUCCAAGCACAGACAGGGACAUUGAUAACGACGCCACGUCUCCAACGGCGACCGUACGAGGGUUUGGCCGCGUCGGAGUAGAGAGCCUGGCGGUGGAAAAGGACUCGGACGACCCUUAUUUGGAUUUCAGGCACUCCAUGUUGCAAAUGAUAUUGGAGAAACAUAUAUAUUCCAAAGAUGAUUUAAAGGAUCUUCUAAACUGUUUCUUGCAGCUGAAUUCUCCCUACUGCCAUGAGAUUAUCGUUAGAGCUUUCACUGAGAUGUGGAACGGGCUGUUCUCCGUCAAGCUUGCUGCUGGUGCCGGUGCCGGUGCUUCCUCUAAGCUGCAUUUUGGGUUCAGGCCACGUAACUUCUAGCUACUGCUGAUGCCACAAUUUUUAGGGGCAUUAGCUU